AUGACGACUCACAGGGUCAAUGUGCUUGUAUAUUCGGGCCCUGGAAGCACAAUUGAAUCUGUUCGACACUGUCUAUACACAUUGCGACGGUUACUGUCGCCAAACUAUGCUGUUCUUUCAGUGACAGCGGACGCAAUCAUCAAAGAACCAUGGACAGCAUCCUGUGCACUGUUCGUGAUGCCCGGUGGUGCCGACUUAGGCUACUGCAGAACACUUAACGGCGAAGGCAAUCGCAAGAUCAUACAAUACGUUAAUCGCGGCGGCGCUUACCUCGGACUUUGCGCGGGCGGCUAUUAUGGCUCUUCGCGAUGCGAGUUCGAAGUUGGCGUUAAAGGCAUGGAAGUCGUUGGAGAUCGUGAGCUUGGGUUUUUCCCUGGAAUAUGUCGUGGCCUCGCGUUUCCGGGAUUUGUCUACGCAAGCGAAGCUGGCGCAAAAGCCGCCGAGCUAAAAGUGCACAAAGAAGUUUUUGGUAGCACUGGUGCAAAUCUACCGGAGUUUGUACGGAGUUAUUUCAACGGCGGUGGAGUGUUUGUUGACGCAGAAAGAUUUAAGGAGCGUGGUGUUGAGAUACUUGCGAGCUAUACGGAACCUCUCAACGUGGAUUCUGGGAAGGGCGCGGCAGCACUCGUGUACAGAAAGAUUGGCGAUGGGCAUGUCGUACUCAGCGGGCCUCAUCCGGAGUUCGCAGCACUUAACUUGAACAAACAAGGCAAUGGUCCGGAUUACGCAAAAGUUGUGGAAGCUCUUGAGCGAGGUGAUCAAGACCGUGCGCAAUUCUUCAGAGCGUGUCUACGCAAGCUGGGUCUUCGGGUCAACGAAGCAGAACAAACGGUACCGUCCCUAUCUCGAUUGCAUCUUACAUCGGUUCGGCCCACGGAACUGCCAGAUCUACUCGCAGAUCUCGAAGAUAUUAUCGUUCGUGAGAAUGGACGCGAGAUCAUUAUAGGAGCUAACGAUACAUUUGAGCUCGAGAGAUCGGGUAGUAAUUUUUCCAUGGGCAAGCUGAAAGAAGCUAUUUCUUCAGUCCUUCCUUCCUCUGCGACAGGUGGGAGUGCUGACGAUGAGUCCAGCGUCUCUGAGCAUGGCUUGAUCGACUACGAUAAAGCUGUCAAAUACAUCCGAGUACACGACGAUGCACUACCAACAGCAAAAGAGACUCCGUACUUCAACCAUGCUGCAUACUAUUCACACUGGGCUCAAUACGUGAAGGAGACGAACGCGGUAGAAGGCCGUUUUGGGAAACACAUUCUCUAUGGUGAAGUGGUGACAAGCACGAACACAAUGCUCGAAAAGAACCCUUCGUUACUCCAGCGCCUGCACGACGGGGUGACGGCAGUGGCAACAACUCAGGUCGCAGGCCGUGGUCGCGGCAGCAACGUGUGGGUUGCACCACCCGGUCAACUCAUAUUUAGCACCAUCAUUCAUCAUCCGCUGAACCUUAUGCCAAAGGCACCGGUGAUAUUUAUUCAGUACCUUGCUGCCUUGGCCAUCGUUCGCGGCAUCCAGACAUACGGCCCAGGAUAUUCCUCACUUCCAGUGAAGCUGAAAUGGCCUAAUGAUGUUUAUGCGGAGGAUCCCACCCGUCCAGGAGAAAAACAAUAUGUCAAAAUCGGUGGAAUUUUGGUCAAUUCAUCUUAUGCAGGAGCAGAUUACAACCUCGUUGUAGGAAUUGGUGUCAAUAUGGCAAACGAAGCUCCAACUACAAGCCUCAAUGCCCUCGCCGCAGCAUCGCGACACACACUUGAACCAUUCAGGCCGGAAAAGUUGCUGGCAAGAAUUCUCACUACUUUUGAGAGCAUAUACUAUACAUUCUGUCAUCAUGGCUGGUCCGCUUCUUUAGAGAGCGAAUAUUAUAGGAAUUGGCUGCACACGGAUCAGAUAGUGACGCUAGAGAUGGAAAACGGCGCAAGAGCGAGGAUCAAAGGUAUCACUCGAGACUGGGGUUUGCUUCUUGCAGAGGAACUGGCGUUCGAGGAUCGUCCCACCGGCAAAAUAUGGGAGCUACAAAGUGACAGCAACAGCUUCGACUUUCUCAAAGGAUUGCUAAAGCGGAAAGUUUGA